AUGGUUGAAAUAGUCUCUGAUGAUUACUUUCCUCCUGAAGAAGAUGACAUUGAUGAAUCAUUAUCAUCAUCAUCAUUAGGUGGAGAGGUAGAAACAGUAUCUGUGGGAGGUAAAUCUCAAUUCUUCUCUUGGUUAUUUCCAACAACAUAUUCACGUCCCUUUAAUUUGACUACCACAGUGAAUGAAACUCUUUUAGAGUCUGUGAAUGCCGUGCGGACUUUGAUGGAAAGUGGAAACUUGGAAGCCGCCUGUUAUCUCGUUGAGGAGCGGCAACUCGAUAUUAGUUUAACAGCAGUGAAUACCACGCUGCUGGUGAGUACGACGAAUAUUCUGUUGAAUCUACUUGUGGCACCUGUGUAUGCUUUUGUUUCAUCGCAUCUACGCGGAGACUUAUUGACUUUUCCCGGUGUAGUAACACAGACCUUGUACACUAGUGGUAGUAUUAGUAUUAAUAAUAGUAAUAAUAUUAAUAAUGUUAAUAGUGUUAAUAAUAUUAAUAACAGUGGAUUAUUAACGUAUCAUAAUGCCACUACUACUACUACUACUUUAACGAACUCCCAAGCGAGUGGUGCUGCAGUGGAAUCGCCAUCUCUUACUCUCUUUUGGUUCGGAAUGUCAUCCACCACGGAUGCGUGGAAGGGUUAUGCAGAGAUGAUAAUGUUUCUUGUGUGUGUGGGACUCUUCAUAUUACUUCUUCUUGUGCGCUUCCGGUUUGCGAAGUAUUUCCGUGGUAUUGAUAUGUACACUUCACAGAAACACCAAUCUACUCACACUGCUGCUGAUGCUGAUGCUGAUGCUGCUGCUGUUGUGCCACCAUUACAUUUGGGGAGUAAGCAAAGUAAUAAUAUGGAGGAUUCCUUCCUGUUAACAUCACAAGAAGGGAAUGAACAGCACUCCGUACAACAGAGAUUACCUCUUUUAUUAGAUAAUUGCGAUGAAGAUACGUGCAAAAGUCCUCCACGGCUUUCCUUUACUAUGUAA